GAGGGGGAACAACUGAUGUCUUUAAUUCAUUGUAGAGAUUCUGGACAGCCGAACUCCUCAAGUGACCUGCCUCUGGACUCCCUAAGUACGGAGGUGGCUGCAGACACCGCAGCGGGGCAGGUGAAAAGAAAGCGAGCACAGACUCCCCUGGAAAAAUACUCCUUGAAGUACCUUAGUGUGACUGAUCUGUCCACUCAGAGUUGGUGCGAGCAACAAAUGGUGUAUGGGAGGGAGCUCCCCCAGCUACAAGCACCAGAAAAGGUCCGGUUGUUAAACACAGGGAAGAGCAUACAUCUAGCCAGAGAACUAGAAGUCCAUGAUAUAGUGGAAGUACGUACGACCAGCAAGGAAGAUUCUUGGGCACUAAAAAUACUGAAUCUGCUUUCUAUGAUUCCAGUGCUACAGGCAGGUGGUUGCGUGCGGGAGCUUCCAGUGUUUGGAGUAAUAGAUGGUAUCUUCCUGGUGGGAAUUAUUGAUGAGCUGUGCUAUACGGCCAAGGGAGAGCUGGAGUUGAGAGAGCUGAAAACUCGAGGCCGACCUUCUAUGCCUUCUGAAGCACAGAAAAAGAGAGAUUAUUUCCAGGUCUGUUUGUAUAAAUACAUUUUUGAUGCCAUGAUCCAAGGACAGUUGAAACCAGAUGUUAUCACCCGUCACAUCCGUCUAAGGCCAGAGCAGCCCCUGGGAUCGCAAAUUAGGCAGCAUGCUCAGAAAGUAGGAUUUGUGGUAACCUGCUUUGGGGACCUCCUGGAGCUGAUGUAUCUGAACCUGACGCUCUCGGACCUCCCCAGUAUUGACCGCCUGACAAUUGAGUACAGCCACCAGGACAGUGACACUCCACUCGGGACAGAGGUGGUUGAAUUUGAAGAAGAAAAGGUGAGAGAGAGGGUGCAGUGCUACCUGGCCUACUGGAAAGGACAAAGGGAGGUACAGGGAGUGGAAAUUGAGGAAGCCUGGAAAUGCCGGUCAUGUAGCUACUCGGAGAUCUGUGACUGGAGAAGGACAAGGGCAGACGGGCCUGAACAGAGAAGUGGAUCGAAGAAGAGUAAAUGAAGGCAAUCACUUUGUCCUGUAAGGAGGUUCCACCUUGUUGAUGCGAAAAUACGCGUGCACUCAGUUCACUGGGUUAACCGGUCAGAAAGGAGCAGUCGUAAGAGGGGCAAAUCCCCGUGCUUUUCUAAGCAGAAGUCAUUGCACCAAUUGUGACUUUGGCAGCGUGUGCAUAAUAUGACAUUUUAAGUGCUUUUAUGAUCGUUUUACAGAGUGCUAAUUGUGACAGCAGUGCAGUCUAACAGGAGGCAAGCUGUGCAAGUUAUUUCAUUUCUCUGUGCCUCCAUUUCCCCAUCUAUAAAGUGGAGGUAAAACGCCUACCAAAUAUGGGUUCUCUGCGGGUUAUUUAAUUUUAUCUGCCAAGUGGUUUGAACAUGAAAAGCCCAAUAGGUGGUUGGGUUUUUUUUUCAUUUCCUGAUGCUAGAAACUUUUGCAGAGAUGGAUUCAGACCAUAACCCUAGAGUCCAAUACAUCUAAAGCUGGUGCUUCAUCUUUAGUUCCUUUGUAGUAAUGGCCUCCUCCUCUGUUUGCUGUCCCAAAGACCUAUCAGCCAUUCUCUGUGAGGCUAAAGCGAGACCCAGCUCUCUCCCCAAACCCAGUAGUGCUGCGUGGCGGGCACAGUGAUAUGAAGGCUGGAAUUUUUCUAAGGUUGUCUGAUUGUGGCACCUAACUCCCUUGUUUUCCUUUGAAAUCUCAGCUGAAGUGUAAGCCUUACACAGUGUCUGUAGAAUGCUAAGUGCCCUCACGCCCAUUGAGAUGAGUAGGAAUCAUAGUCAUUCAUUGCCUUGCUGGGUCAGCCUCCUAAGUCAACCUCAUUCCUCAUGAAAGCUUUUAACCUUUUUUAUGUGUUGUCAAAAUUAAUAUUCUAGUGAGUGAGUUAUUUUGUAUCCGCUGACUAUUUAACUUAUUACUUGAUUGUAUCAAGGAAAAUGUAUUUUUAAAAUGUUUUAAAUUUUGUACUGAGUAAUAACUCCUCCACAAUUAAGACAUUUUUUGUAUGUUUGGAUUUUUGGAAUUUUUUGUUUUU